CAAAAUAUUAGUAUAUAUACCUCAUCGGGAUGCUCAUUCUGCAUCAGUUGUGUCAUCUGUCCACAUCCCAACAUACGGCAAUUUUCUGAUCACGGUAAACGUUCGAAAAAAUCAUCAUGAAAUUCUUGGUAGUGCUAGUAGCUGUCAUCGCAGCAGUGUCUGCAGCCACACCUAAGGAAGCUGUCAAAGCUUUCCCUUACAGUGGAUUCCCAGCCAACCAGGCCUACUACCCAGGUCAACAAGCAUACUACCCAGGAUACCAAGGUUACCAAGGCUACCAAGGUUACAACUUCGGAUUCCGUAACGGAUACUACCCAGGACAACAAUCGUACUACCCAGGAUACCAAGGUUACCAGGGUUACUACCCAGGAUACCAAUCUGGUUACCAAGGUUACUACCCAGGAUACCAAGGUUACAAUAACCGUGGUUUCUACCCAGGCGCCCCCGCUGUCUACCCCACAGUCAGUGCCGUCACCCCGGCCCCAAUCAUUGCACCUGUACCAGUUGCCCCCAAGGUUGUUCCACAAGUGUUCAAAACCGUAGACAACAAAUUGCCAGCUAUUGUCAGACAAUCGCAAGAAGUGAACGUUGACGGUAACUUCAAAUACGGAUUCGAAACCGAGAACGGUAUCGCCGCACAGGCCGCCGGAUACGUAAAGAACGCUGGAAGCGAAAACGCCGCUCAAGUAAUUGAAGGUUCAUAUGCCUACAUCGGUGACGACGGUGCCCCAGUCGAAGUCAAAUACUACGCCGAUGAGACCGGUUACCACGCAGCCGGAAACGUCGUCCCGACCAUCCCCUCAGAAAUCGCCAAGUCCUUGGAAUUCAACGCCGCCCAUCCACAGAAAUCAGAAGACUCCAAAAAGAAGUAAACUUAGCCUGCAUUAAUCAUGUAUGCUGACACGGCCCAAACACGUAUACCAUUAGCUAUAAGAAACCGUGUGCAAAAUUAUGCACAUUUUUUAUCAUUGCAAGUAUUGUGUUUACAGUGAUUUUCUUUAUUCGUAUCAGAACGACGAAUAAGGACAAAUUUACUUUACACAAUUCAGUUAUGUUGGAUGUAACAAAAAAACAUAAAAAUAUAAAAACUUGAAGUUAAA